AUGACGACGAGCAGUACCUCAGAUCAGGACAGUACUAAAAAAAGCCACCACCAUCACAACGGCAGUAGUAGUAGCUUGAGUGGACGUCGCGUCGAAGCUUGUCUUAUUGCUACCAAGGAAUGGCAUACAGGCGAUGAAAUGCGAUUAUUGACGGGCAUGAUUGCGUGUUUGGAUCCUGACAGUGAUGCCGAAUUAAGAAUGAGAAAUAGAGAUUUCAGCGUCAUGUGGUCCACAAGAAAAAAUUGUAAUUGUCUGUUUUUAGGCCCUGCCCGAUUUGCCAAUCAUGAUUGUGAUUCCAAUUGUAAGUUUAUUGCAAUGGGACAAAAUGUGAUUACAUUUAAAGUGUUGAAGGAUAUUCAUUUGGGUGAAGAAAUCACUGUGUAUUAUGGCAAACAUUAUUUCGGUCAAGACAAUAGUGAAUGUAAAUGUAAAACAUGUGAAGAGUAA